AUGCAUUUCAACCUUGAGAUGGUGGGACUCGUCCUCGCCUUCACCAUCCCAGCCAUCGCCGAACCUGUCAUCUACACUAGCGGAAUCACAGGCAGUGCUCACCCCCGCAUCACCCCCGCGCCCCAGGUCAACGAUGCCCUCGCACCCCAAGUUGCAGGACCGUUGACCAUCAGCGUCACCAAUUCCUUCGGAAGCGGCCUCUACGCCUCCUUCGGCCACAACGCCGGCUCCCCAACCGCAAUCAGCUACCCCGGCAACGGCGCCAUUGGCGCCUCUUUCGAAGCCGUCUAUCCCGCCAACUGGGCCGGUCGCAUCGCCAUCGGCAAAGAUGAUGAUCCCGACUACAUCAACCGUGGCAGCUUGAUCGAAGCGAGCUACGACAACGGUGCGCCAUUCGUCGAUAUCAGCUAUGUCCAGGGCUUCAGUAUCCCCAUCGUCUGCUCCUGCGGCGAUCCCGGCACGGGCGUCGUAACCGGCUGCAACAUCCCCCUCUACCACGACGACGGCCCCCCCUGCCCCUCCCAGGGCCCCAGCGCCAUCUGCUUCAACCCCUCGAGCAACAGCCCCCAGGCCACCCCCGGACCCGCGCCGCCCUUCUUCGCCCCCUGCGCCGGCGCCGCGUUCACCUAUCCCAACGACUUCGGCGCCGGCGCCGGCUGUGGGACUAAUUUGAUCAGUUGCUGCAUCGGGAGUACGUGCCCUGCUGACCCGAAGCAGCCUUAG